AUGGCAGAGCCUGAAACACUGAAAAACUCUACUACUGCGAACACAAGCAAGGCACAAGCAACCAAAGGCCCUACAGCUAGGAGAUUUGUUGGAGUCAGGCAAAGGCCAUCCGGAAGAUGGGUAGCUGAAAUAAAGGAUUCAUCUCAACGUGUAAGGUUAUGGUUAGGAACGUAUGAUUCGCCUGAAGCGGCAGCUAGAGCCUAUGAUGAAGCUGCUCGUGCCCUACGGGGGGGGAAUGCCAGAACCAAUUUUGCUUCGGUUAAUCCUAGCUUAAACCAGUCUGGAUCGUCCCCUUCUAAUGGUGGGUUCAACAUGCCAGAGUCUGAUGGGAGGCACAGUCUUAGCUUCUCUUCGUUGAAGGCUAGAUUGAGCAAGAAUCUACAGGGUAUCAUGGCUAGGACGACAGAGAAUAAGUCAACAAAAAAUAGAGUGAGUGACCACUUUACUUUUGCUAAUAUAUUCCACUGUAGGAGCUACCAAUACCAAAACCCGGUGGAUACGAAGAACAUUCAGAAAGUUGUGCAGCCAAGCAUCAUUGUGCCCCAUGUAUCAGGUCAUGAGCCUUCUUGUUCCUGGGAAACAUCUAGUGUUUCAGAUUGUAGCAAUGGAUGGAUUGGAUUCAGACAACAUGGGCUUGAUUCAGAUGGAUCUGAUAUUAGAGAAGUCAUCGCUGUUAAUGCUGAUCAAAUGAUGGGUUGGAUUGAUAGCCCAGAUGCCAGUACUUGUUGUGGAGAGUGUUCAAGGAGUAAGAGGUUCAAGGUUUCUUCUUCUGUUGUCGUUCCUCCAACCUUUAGUGGGCCUCCAUCCUUUUGUGCGUCUCCUUCCUUCAGUGGCUCUGCAUUUCAUGGUGAGAACUAA